GCCAAAACACACCCCAAAGAAAUGGCAAUCUUAAAGUAUUGGCUUAUCACCAUUUCCUUAAUUUUCUCAUCAACACAUUGCUUUGCUUUCUCAAACUCUUCAUCAUCAUCUAUCCAAGAGGAUUUCUACAACUGCAUAUGUUUGAACUCAAAUUUCUCUGCCCCUUUCUCCACAGCUUUCUUCACCCCUAGCAAUGCUUCAUUCCCUACCGUUCUCGAAUCCACCGCCCAAAAUCUCCGGUACCUGGUCCCGUCCGCCCCGAAACCGAAACUUAUUUUCAAGCCACCCGCCGAGUCCCAUGUCCAAGCCGCAGUCAUUUGCGCGAAACAACUCGGCAUUCAGCUCAGAGUCCGGAGCGGGGGCCACGACUACGAAGGCCUCUCUUAUGUUUCUGGAAUGGAACCGCCGUUCGUUGUCCUUGACCUCUCCAAUCUAAGAGAGGUCAAGGUUGACGCGGCGGCUAACAUUGCUUGGGCCCAAGUGGGCGCCACUGUCGGGGAAGCAUAUUACAGGAUUUCACAAGAGAGCGGGAAUCUGGGCUUCCCGGCGGGCCUGUGUUCCAGCCUGGGAAUCGGGGGGCACAUAACCGGAGGAGCGUACGGUCCGAUGAUGAGAAAGUACGGUCUCGGAGCUGACAACGUUGAAGACGCUCGGAUUGUGGACGCCAGGGGGAGGAUUCUGGACAGGCAAGCCAUGGGAGAGGAUCUUUUCUGGGCGAUCAGGGGAGGCGGCGGCGGCAGCUUCGGAAUCAUACUGUCAUGGAAGCUCAGCCUCGUUCCCGUCCCUUCUGUGGUGACCGUGUUCACUGUCCCCAAAACCCUGGAGGAGGGCGCCACCGGAAUCCUGUACAAAUGGCAAAACGUGGCCGAUAAGCUCCCGGAAGAACUGUUCAUCAGGGUGGUCAUAUCGGUGGUCAAUGGCACGGGAGAAGAGCAGAGGACGGUCCAAACGGCGUACAAUGCGCUGUUUCUGGGCAAAUCCGAAACGCUUUUGCAGAUCAUGGGAGAAAGUUUCCCAGAGCUGGGGUUAACCAAGCAAGACUGCACAGAGAUGAGCUGGAUCGAAUCCGUGCUCUACAUCGCCGGAUUCCCAACAAACACCCCGCCGGAAGUCCUACUCCAGGGCAAAUCUCAGUUCAAGAACUACUUCAAAGCAAAAUCAGAUUUUGUCAGAAAACCGGUCCCAGAAACCGGGCUGGAAGGGAUAUGGAAGAAACUCUUGCAGGAGGACUCUCCAUUGAUGAUCUGGAACCCCUAUGGAGGAAUGAUGGGGAAGAUUCCAGAAUGUCAGACUCCAUUCCCACACAGAAAAGGGGUCAUCUACAUGAUCCAAUACCUAACUCUCUGGAACGACGACUCCCAAGAAUCUGCAAAGAAACACAUGGAUUGGAUGAGGGAUUUCUACAGUUUCAUGGCUGAUUAUGCAUCGAAAUCUCCAAGAGAAGCAUAUGUGAAUUACAGAGAUCUUGACCUGGGGACUAACAAGAAUGGAAAUGCUAGCUACAAUCAGGCUGUGUCUUGGGGGAAGCAGUAUUAUAAGGGUAACUUUGAAAGAUUGGUCCGUGUGAAGACCAAAGUUGACCCAGACAACUUCUUCGUGCAUGAACAGAGUGUCCCCACAUUACCUCUGAGCAUGUGGAGUCCGAGAACAGAGAAGAAGGCAAUGACCGAUUAAUUCGAUAUAUCAAUGUGUUUAUUUGUAGUUCCUUGGAGUCAUUAUCAGCUUUGUUUAAAUUAAUAAAACAACUCCAGCUAU